CGUGUAUCCUCCGGGCCUGCCUUACUUCCUCUCUCCAACUUUUCCGCCCAGCAGCCGAAAUUCUGGCCGUCUUUCCUUUUUCCAUUUCCAACACAGGAUCGACACUAGCUCGGAGAUGCAGCCAUGCCCUUGGUAACCCUUGUAAGAUGGGCUCUCGAUAACACGUCCCAUCAUCCAUGUCUCACCCACCUCCUCUGCCUGCUAGAAACUAGAGCUCGAGCUCUCCCCGCGAUGCCAUGCCAUGGAUACUGCCGCCCCACAACAGUCGUCCCCCUCCCUACCUUCAUUCAUGAUUAUAUCCCCCCCUCCCUUAAUGAUCCCCGAUUUCUCCGUUCAAUCCACACCACUCGCGCGUCUUUAUGGGGCGUCUUCUGGGGUGCAGUUCAAUCACUACUCUGCGCUGCAUGUCCCUUGACCGGUUGGUUCUUCGCUGGCCGUGGCUCGCGGAACUGGCAGCCACCACGAACCCCGCCCCACCUCGUCGCUCGAUCGCAAAUCGGAUCGAAUCACCGAAGGGGCAUCCACCUCGCUCAACGAAUUCCAUACUACCUACGUAGUAGCUGGCGCACCUUCGCUUGUCCCCGACACCACCCACACAAAGUGCCCCGCUCAAAGGUAGACGUGGUCUAGUCGCCCUUGGGUUAUGUUCAUUGGCUGUGGCCGAUCUUAGCGGUUUGAUAUACACAAGGAGAGUGCCGCUUAUACUCCUGGGCUAGCUCGCGCUCGCCGACCAACAGUUGAAGAGACAA